AUGAUGGGAUCGGACGCCAACGGACGACAUGUGAAAAAUUCUUCUUGGAACACCGGUCUCGUUUUAGCGACACGUCUGUCAGAAAACCCAUCAACGUCCGAGUCAGUGCUUGUCUGGGAGGCAGGCGGUGCUCAUCUCGAUGACGACACUCUCUCGCGAAGGAAACACAACAUCACGCCAAAGACAGAAUAUUCACAUGGCCAGCCAAGGGGAAAGGGAUUUGGAGGCAGUUCCGCGAUCAACAAUCUGCUCUGGAAAAAGCCGGCGCUCAAGCACAUUGAAGCAUGGGGUGCGCUUGUCAACGAUGGAUGGACUUGGGAAAAAUUCCAAACAUAUUCCAAGAAAUCGGAGAGGCGCUGCCGUCACGUCCUUUCCGCCAGUCAUCUCAAGCCUCGAGGAAGAUUUCAGAAGGCAAUGGAGGUCCACAAUGUCCCGACCAUCCAAGACUCAAUAAUUCUCAGGGGCGGUAAACUCGCUUUAUCCAAUCACGACUUCCUCCACCUAAUUUUCACUCAGCCCUGCCGAACAUCUCCUUCUCUGUCCACUUUGGACCCAUCAACCCAUCGUCGAUCUUACGCCACUAAUGUAACUGAGAUUGUUACAACGAAUCUCAACGGAAUAAUCACCGCUACUGGUGUCAAAUUUGUCAAAAGUGACAAUACCUACACGGCAGAUGUCGCUGGUGAAGUGUGCCUGACAUCUGGUGCUAUCAUGUCUCCGCAGAUACUCGAGAUGUCUGGUAUCGGUGAUCCUGCUGUUCUUGAACGGGCGGGAUUCAAGGUGAAACUUGACCUCCCUGGUGUUGGAACGAAUGUCCAGGAACAUCUAUACAGCGGAGUAACCUUCGAAUUGACGAAUCACUUCGUGGUAAUCGCAGCCCCGCAAUGCGAGGAGAAGGAUGCGGGACUCGCCGUGCAGUACAAGCUACAAGCCGAGCAUCUUCGGGAGAAGGUCCCAAGUCUCGAGAUCCUAUAUCAGAGUCGCCGACUUGUUGCGUCGAUCUUACAAGCUGUGGCAUAUGUCAUAGCAGAACGAGUAUGUCCAUCUUCCAUGAUCUGGGAAGCGUACAAACUUGAAACGCUUUGGGGAACCUUGCAAAUUUAG